CCGCCGGGUGUGUGCGACAGACGGAUUGUGUAGCUGUAAAUUACUUUAAUUUCAAUUGUAAACAAUGUAUAAUAUAAAUAAUAUAACGUUAUUAUAAUUAGACUGAUAUAAUCUCUUUGCCAAUGUCACAAACUACGAGUUUUUUUACGUAUUUCGCUUUGAUGUGAGGUUCUCGUGCUUUGUCUUCGUGUGUGACAAUAUACUCAAAAUGGCGCAUCAACUUGCACCGUCUGUGAAUUGUUCACUGGACGACAUUGACCUCAGCGCGUUAAAGGACCCGGCGGGUAUAUUUGAACUCAUUGAAGUUGUUGGAAAUGGCACUUAUGGUCAAGUGUACAAGGGCCGGCACACCAAAACAGGGCAACUUGCUGCCAUCAAAGUUAUGGAUGUCACACAGGAUGAAGAGGAAGAGAUAAAGCUUGAAAUUAAUGUGUUGAAAAAGUAUUCCAACCAUCGUAACAUUGCCACUUAUUAUGGAGCCUUCAUCAAGAAGAGUCCUCCUGGAAAAGAUGAUCAACUUUGGCUGGUUAUGGAGUACUGUGGAGCUGGCUCUGUGACUGACUUGGUGAAGUCUACCAAGGGGCAAUCUCUGAAAGAAGAAUGGAUAUCAUACAUCUGCAGGGAAAUUCUUCGUGGUCUCAGCUAUUUGCACUCAAACAAAGUAAUACACAGAGAUAUUAAAGGACAAAAUGUUUUGUUGACUGACAAUGCUGAAGUAAAGCUUGUGGAUUUUGGUGUAUCUGCUCAAUUGGACAGAACAAUUGGAAGGAGAAACACCUUUAUUGGUACCCCCUACUGGAUGGCGCCUGAAGUGAUUGCGUGCGAUGAGAACCCCGAUGCUACCUACGAUAAUCGCUCUGACCUUUGGUCUCUCGGUAUCACUGCACUUGAGAUGGCAGAGAGUCAACCACCUCUGUGUGAUCUGCAUCCUAUGAGAGCUCUAUUCCUUAUUCCACGAAAUCCACCUCCCCGUUUAAAGUCAAAGAAAUGGGCCAAAAAGUUUCACGGCUUUAUUGAAACUGUUCUUGUUAAGGAUUACCAUCAACGACCUUACACUGAACAAUUAUUAAAACAUCCAUUCAUAAGGGAUCAACCUACAGAAAGGCAGGUGCGAAUACAGCUGAAGGAUCAUAUAGAUAGGUGUAAGAAGAGAAAGCAGGAUAACUCUGUGCGCGAGGAGUACAAGUACUCUGGAUCAGAGGGCGAAGAGGAGGAAAAUGCGGUGGCAGGGGAACCUUCCUCCAUCGUACACAACGCGCCGCAUCAAGGCGGAGAUACUCUGCGGCGCAACUUCCAGCAGAUACAGGAGGGCAGACCAGCCCCCGAAGCGCCGCAGCCGCAGCCGCCGCCGAAACGCAACAGCAAGCGCGAGGAGAGGGAGGAAAUUCCAGAGCCUGGGCCGCCAGCGAGGCCUUCCAUUCCGCAAAGACUGAUCGUUGUGCCCGACCCGCAGGCACAGCCGCCUAAUAGAUAUAGGCCUCUUCCGCCGACGCCAAAGUCUUCGGGCUCGUCGAACAGUUCAGGCUCGAACAAUGGCACGCCACCUGCCAGCGGCCCACAACCUCCGCAACGGGGCUCCCACCACAUUUUCAAACCAAUGCUUCCACCGCGGAGGCCCGAGGACUUGGAUAAGCUGGCGGCGCAACUCAACGAGCUCGGUGUGGUGUCAGGUAACGAGCCACCGAAUCGACCACCGCGUGCGCCUACCAACGGACAAGGGCCGCCUGUAGAACGCAACCCGCCAGAGCCGACAUUCGAGGAUUCUGAAAGUGACUCCGACGCCGAAGAAAGCGGAGGCCGCGUGCGCAACGACGGCACACUGCUCGCCAGCGAUCCGCCCAAGCCGCUUCCCGAGUUCUGCUACAGGCCGGGGCUGAGCGCCGUCAGCGAAGAUGGUGCUGGUAGCGGGGGAGGAGGGGGGGCACCCACGCGUCCCUUGCCCCCGACACCUGAUGACGACGACGCGCACCCUGAUCGCACGCUCGUAAUGAAACGGAAAGAUAAUGGCGAACAUGAUAAACGGCAGUCCGAUGUCGAUGAAGCGGUGCUGCUCAAAGAUUGGGAUUUCGCAAGAUUCUUUCCCUCUAGAAGCACUGAAGCCAAGGAGGGCGCGAAAGAAAAGGUGCAACCGGCCAAGGAAGCCGAACAAAAGCGGGCGCAACUACAAAGACAGUCGCGGAUCGAAAUGGAAGAUGCGUGGGCCAAGUACAAAGCCAUUGCAACUCCGCCUUCUCGCCACAAGCAACUAUUUCAGAAGCCCAGCGAAAAGACCACGCAGGAGAAGCUGUCCGAUAUAUUGAAAUUUAAAAAGGAACAAGACUCAGAGCUGAAUUCUCCAAAUCGGUUCUUUAGAGGGUUUAGAAGAGAAAACUCUGAUCUUUUUCCACUGCCAAGCACCAGACACUCAGCUAUAUAUUUUCCUAAGCACGAAAACUCGGCCGGAGCAAGUAAACAGAUGAGGUCCAGCGGCAUAUUCCGGAAGAAUCAGCCCGUUCCCUCUGGCGAGCCUGUAUUGACAGAUUUCAUUAAAAUGAAUGACAGUUUGAAAAUGUCCGCACAGGGCGAAGUGAAAAAGACUGACAAAAAAGUAGGUGACAAAAGAACACCCAUGAGUAAUCCCAUAGAUGCAUUAAAAAACGUCGCUGCGCUAAUUAGGCAAGAUAGCGAGAAAAGCAACGGCCCGAGCCGGCAGAGCAGCCUGAAUAGUGACUCACCUGCCACCAGCAUCUGCUUUACGAGUAGCACAUCGUUUGAGAAAGCCGGUACCCCAGAUAUCACUGCCAACACGCUAGAAAACAAAAAUCCGUCUAACAACGAAUCCGAACCAAACUGCAUGAUGAAACCUCGCAGAGAAAAGACUGAAUCCGAUAUAGUAUUUCGAAGAAACUCACAUUAUAACCGACACACAGAGCUCAUGGCAAGUAAUGGGCAGGAAGCGGUACUCGCACAGGAUCAGGGUCGUUCGAGCGGAGCCAACGAGGGUAGCGGGUCGCGAACAAGCUCUGUACUGCCUGAUCUCCUCAGCCAGGCCGGACAGCCUACCACACCGCCUCGUCACGACAAAUCGACCAGUGAAGAGUACAGGCAAGCCGUGGCCAGUGGCACGCCCCUCUUGCACCACCAUCACCCCCCGCCGUCGUCUGCGCAGUCCACCCCGUCCAAGUCGUUCGUGGCGGGCGCUGCCAUCGCGCACGGCCUCCAACAUUCCCCUUCCAAUUCCUCUGUGGGGUCCCAACAACAGUUCCUUCCCUUGCAACAGAAGCAGCGCUCGUUCCUCACGUUCGGUUUCGGAGCUGGGUCGACCGGCAGCGGCACUGGCGGCUCCGGAGGAAACUCUUCUCGCCGUGAGAGUCACGUCAAUGUCAACGUGACGCCGACUGGCCACGAUCUCUCUUCCGACACUCCUGAAAUACGUAAAUACAAGAAGAGAUUCAACUCGGAGAUUUUGUGUGCAGCGUUAUGGGGAGUCAAUCUUCUCAUUGGAACGGAAAAUGGUUUGAUGUUGCUGGACCGCUCUGGCCAGGGCAAGGUGUAUCAAUUGAUCUCACGACGCCGCUUCCAACAAAUGGAAGUGUUAGAAGGACAAAACAUUCUGGUGACUGUAUCCGGAAAGAAGAAUCGCGUUCGCGUUUAUUACUUGAGCUGGUUGAAGUCUAAAAUUCUGCGUACUGACGGACUAAGUGAUCAAGUCGAAAGGAGGAAUGGAUGGAUCAACGUAGGUGAGCUGCAAGGCGCAGUUCACUUUAGAAUCGUGAAAUAUGAACGCAUCAAGUUCCUAGUGAUCGCUCUGAAAGAUUCCAUCGAGAUUUACGCGUGGGCACCAAAACCCUAUCACAAAUUCAUGGCCUUCAAGAACUUUGGAGAAUUGCAACAUAGGCCUCUACUGGUUGAUCUAACUAUUGAAGAAGGCAUAAGACUGAAAGUAAUUUACGGCUCAGCUGACGGCUUCCACGCUGUAGACCUAGACAACGCCACAGUCUACGACAUUUAUAUCCCAAAGCAUAUACAGGGGCCUAUUGUACCACACUGUAUUGUACCGCUUCCAAACUCGAAUGGUGUACAGUUACUGUUGUGCUACGAUAACGAAGGCGUUUACGUCAACACUUAUGGACGAGUUAGCAAAAAUAUUGUACUCCAGUGGGGAGAAAUGCCGACGUCUGUCGCAUACAUUGGCACAGGGCAAAUAAUGGGUUGGGGCAACAAAGCCAUCGAGAUCCGUUCUGUCGAAUCCGGACAUCUCGACGGCGUGUUCAUGCACAAGAAAGCACAACGACUCAAGUUCUUAUGUGAACGCAACGACAAAGUAUUCUUUUCUUCAGCCAAAGGCGGAUCCUCUUGUCAGAUAUACUUCAUGACUCUCAACAAGCCAGGCAUGGCCAACUGGUAGUGGCAGGGCGUAGCGGUUGCGAGCGCGCACGAACUGUGAUGAAGCGACACACAACAUCAUUAUGUAUGGUCCUUAUUUGUACAAGCCACAAGUUUAGUCAUAUAGCAAACUACUGGCCAUUUCAAAUGCAAAGACUUGUGAUAGUGACGGAUUAUUAUGUGCUCAAAAGACAAUCCACAAAUAUUAUUACAUUCGAGUAUUCGAGGACCCUCAUCUUUUAUUACGUGGCAUUUUGUACUGAAGAUAGUUAUGUCAAUACAAAUGCUAGUAAGGAACGUAUAUAAUUAUAAGCAAUAACCUCUAGAAUAAAAUGUUUUGAUAUUGACAAUUAUUCGUAAGGUAAUAUAAAUGCUUAGGUUUUAUUAUUACAUAUGUUGCAGUUGUUUAUUUCUGAAAGAAAAUGUAUGUCAAAUCAAACUAUUCAUAUAUGCCAUAUUAUAUUGUUUAUAACGUUAAGAAAUGUGGGUGAUGAUAAAAAAUUAUUUGAUACAAUUAUUUUAUGUUCAUGAUAACUGAUAACAAAGGACAUGCCAUCAUUGACAGAUAUUAAAAUUAUACGACAAUUUACAAAUGAAACACAAUUAGGUAUUGUAAAUUAAUUAAUUAAUCUUUAGGGAUUUUUCACUCUACAAAUUGGCAAUUAGUCAAGUCACUUUGUAUCAUAUUAUCACCAAACAACAAUUUUACUAAUGGUUAAAUCCUUAAAUUUGGUACUAUUUAUUAUUUAUUUGUUAUGUACUAUAUUUUUUACAUGUAUAAAGAUGUAACUGUGCAUAUUGAAAAUUAUAUAUUUGACGACUUUUUAUUUGAAAAU